CCGGCUCGACACGCGGUGGUCUUGUUUUCUGUUUGCCUGGUUGACCUCGACCUUGAUCUCUAUUUCUUUGACAACUUUGUGGGCCUCGGCGGUUCGGAUAUCAGUCCGAACCACACCACGAAGGGAGACGUGCAUCGCCGCUUGGUCCAUUCAACCUCGUCCUCGUCUCACAAAGAAAUUAGCAUCCUCCGGCGAAGCGAACCCACGAGCCACGUGUUUGCGUAGUGAACCGCUACACCAUUUCCAGAGGCUGCAGGUCAGGGAAGGCAUGUCGUCUGCUAACGGCCAGGGAAUCGCCCACGGCGUCGAGGUGAUGCGCGCCGCCAAGGCUGCCGUGCGGACGGCCAUCGAGUCCAGGCUGGCCGGCAUGACGACGGAGAACAAGGCGGAGCAGUCGCAGCAAGUGCUCCGGAAGCUCCUGCAGCACCCCAGCUACGUCCGCAGCACGUCCGUGGCCGUGUUCCUGAGCACGGCGGCCGAGGUGGACACGCGGCCCGUGCUGGCGGCGCUCUUCUCGUCCGGCAAGGCGUGCUUCGUGCCGCGCUACGCGUACGGCAAGGCGGCCAAGGAGCGCACCGCCAAGGGGCUGCCCGGCAUGGAGAUGGUGCUGCUCAGGGACAUGCAGGACUUCGAGGCGCUGCCCACCACGCCCUGGGGCAUCCCGCAGCCCGCCAUGGACGAGCCCCGCCACCAGCCCGGCCAAGGAGGUCUGCCGCCGCUGGACCUCGUCCUCAUGCCCGGGGUGGGCUUCACGACGAGGGGGGACCGCCUCGGCCACGGCAUGGGCUUCUACGACAAGUUCCUGGCCGCGCUGCCGGCGCCCAAGCCCGCCACCAUCGCCCUGGCCUUCCGCGAGCAGGUCGUGGACGAGCUGCCCACCACGGACCGCGACUACACCGUCGACGCCGUGCUCACGGCCGACUAGCGGGCCCGGGUUAAAUUAAAUAAAUUUUUUGUGCUUUUCUGUUA